AUGGAGUCUGUUACCUCCUUCUCCGCAAAACAGUAUCGAGAUGAUAAGAAGCUCCACGUGCUCCUUGCAGCUACCGGUUCAGUUGCUACCAUCAAGCUCCCGAACAUCGCCGAGGCCCUCUGCCGCCACCCGUCUAUCUCACUACGAAUCAUAGUGACUCAAUCAGCCGAAAGAUUUCUGUUUGGCCAGAGUCCCGAGCAGCCUAAUCUAGAUAGUCUUCGGCAAACCAAGGGUGUGGAUGCGGUUUACCGGGAUGAUGAUGAAUGGGCAACACCAUGGACUCGUGGAGCAAACAUCUUACACAUUGAAUUACGCAAGUGGGCACAUGUGUUGCUGAUCUCCCCACUAUCUGCCAAUACAAUGGCUAAGAUGAGCGUGGGCAUCGCGGACAACCUCCUGCUGUCGGUGGUGCGAGCCUGGGAUACAACUGGUCUGGUCGACCAAGAUUUCAAGCUUCAAAAGCCACGGAUUUUCGUGGCCCCUGCUAUGAAUAGCGCCAUGUGGCACCAACCCAUCACACAUCAGCACCUCGGCGUCCUACAAGACCAAUGGGGAUGGAGUCCCACAAAUCCGGAUGGAUGGGUGACUGUUCUCCCUCCGAUAGAUAAACCUCUAGCUUGUGGGGACGUAGGCAGUGGUGGAAUGAUGGACUGGAGAGAUAUUGUCCGUAACGUGGAAGAGUAUUUGGGUCUCCCGAUGGUUCAAUCUUGA